AUGUCACGUGUUCUCUUUGAAUAUAAUCGACAAGCUUUCGAUUUAAACGAGUAUCCGGGAAAAAUACAUGGUUCGGGGCGAGAGUCAAUUUUGCCUAUCUUUGAAUUGUUACCAACCAUGAGCAGCGAAAAAUUACUGAAAAAAAAACAAGUUGUGUGGCCGCUCGAGGCGGAAAACAUUUUGUGUGAACUUUGGGAGGAAGAUAUAGAAAACCUCCGUGGCAAUAGGAGAAAUAGCCACAUUUAUAAAGAAUUUCAACAAAAGCUUUCAUUGCGUGGAAUGGAGGUGUCGGUUAAAGGAAUUUCGAACAAAAUAAAUAACUUGACGAGCAAGUAUAGAAAAGAAAAGGCAGCGAUGGGCAUGUCGGGUGGAUCUCCAUCUACUUGGCCGCUGUACCAUAAGGUACAUGCCAUAUUAGGCAGUUUUAAAAUCCACAACGUCGAAACAUUGAUGGAUGAAACUGGACACGAAGAUAACGUUUCAAACAUUACUUCAUUGGCCGAGCCAGCAGCUUUGGAAUCAAAUGAAGACACAAGUUUUUGUCCAUUGUUCGAGUCAGUUGAUUUUCUUUAUGACGCAGACGCAGCUUCUCCACUGCAGCAACUUAACUCUUCAACAGAUACAAAUUCCACUGCUGCGGUUGAAACAACAUCUUUUGGAGCAUCUGCAAAGAGAAGAAAAACAGACAGCAUUUUACAGGAGUUACAAUUAAUGAGGGAGGAAGAUAAGAGAAAUGAGAGUAACUGGCAGCGUAUUGAAGAGCGGCGAAACGAUUUGCUGGAGAGAUUGGUCAAUAACUGUGAAAACUACCAGCAAUCUUUAUUAGAAGUUUUAAAUAAAAAAUAA